AUGAUUUAAGAAAAUGAUAAAUUCAAAGAAUAUCAAAAGAUGAUUGAUAAAAUAAAUGAAUUGUUGAUCCAGUUUGAUGAAUAAAUACAAUAAAAUUUAAAAGUUGCCAUGCUUGUUGGGAACACAGCAAAUGGUAAGAGUACCUUAUUUAAUUUUCUCUCGGGGUUUGAAUUUUAAAUUACAAAAAAAGAUAAUAUAAAAACUAAAUAUUUAACUCUAAAAUAUCCUGAUGAAAAAUAUGCUUCUGAUAUGGCUAAUGGAGUAAAAUCUGUAACAAAGGAGCCACAUUAUUAUUUUAAUAAAGAUAAUAAUUACUUAUUAAUUGACUUUCCUGGAUUUAAUGAUACAGAGGGAGCUAUGUAAUAAUUUUUUGUAUAGGUUUUAUUCAAUAGAAUAGUAAUAAAAACACCAAUUAGAAUCAUAUUUGUUGUUAAGAUUCCUGAUGGAAAUUUGGCGAAUAGAGGUGUUGAAUUUUAGGAUUUUAUAAGUCGAUGCUUUGCCUAACAUAUUUAAGAAUUUUCUUAAGUGACUCUAAUCCUCAAUUAAUAUAUGGAUAAUUUAGAUGAUCAAGAUCUUAUUGAUGAUGUAAAAAAUUAAUUGAAGGAUAUUUCAAAAAAUGUAAAUGAGAAUAUAGCAGUGGUACGAAAAAUAAGAGAAGAUAGUGAUCUUGAAAUGAAAUUUAAUAAUUAAAAAAGACAAGAGAUAUGGAAUGUAAUAGAAAAAUCUAAUCCUAUCAGAUUUAAACCAACAUAAUUUAAGAAACAAGAUGAACUAGCUAGCUUAAUUCAUAAAAAAUGCGAUUAAAUAAUUCAAAAUUUAGUUAGUGAGAUUUGUAAAUAAAUUGAUAAUUUUCUUAAUGAUUUGAGCAAAGAAGAUAUAGAAAAGUUGUACUAAAAAUUUCAUGACAUAAAAUUGCUUGUCAAUGAAUAAACAGAUUAAUAGAUUUUUUGUAGGUAUCAAGUAUUAUUAAAGUAAAUGUAAGAGAUUGCAGAAAUAUUAGGAUGGUAAAAUAAUUAAAAAAUUGAAAUUGAUACUUUUUUAAAAAUAUUUAAAUUUGUAUCAAAAGAAGAAGAUAUUAUAGAGAUUAAAGAUUUCUUAGAGAAAAACUCACAAUUACUUAAAAAUAAUUUAAUCAUCCAAAAAGACACAAUUCUGAAAAAAAUAAUGGAAGUUGAAAAAAGGAAUUUAGAAGAUGCUGAAAGAAGAAGGAAUUUAGAAGAUGCUGAAACAAGAAGGAAUUUAGUAGAUGCUGAAAGAAGAAGGAAUUCUUAGAAUUUAAGUCGCAAGAAAUAGAGUUCUUGCUAAAUAAUGUGA